UUCAAUCCCUGGCCCCAGGAACUUCCAUAUGGCCCUUGAAAAAAAAAAAGGAGGGUAGAUGAUGUCUUAGCCAAGCUGUGGGUAACAAGAAACUGAACUCCCUCCUGCCAGCUCAAGGAAAGAUAGGAUGGAGCAGGGGGGGCUCUUCUAAAGCCACAACAGACGUGCUAUGUGGGCUGAAUAAUGCACACCCCCCCACCCCCCAAAUCUCCGUGUCCUACUCCCUGGAACCUGUGAAUAUGUUACCUAAUGAAGCAAAAGGAACUUUGAGAUGGGGAGAUUAUCUUUGAUUAUCUGAAUGUCCCUGAUGUGAUCACAAGCGUCCUUAAAAUGGGGACGGGUGACAAGAAGGUCAAUGUCAAAACAAGGAGAUGCGACAAGAGCUGAGGUUGGAGUGAUGCAGCCAAGAGCCCAUAGAUGCCAAGACAGCCUCUAAAAGCUGGAAGAGGUAGUAACAGAUUUCUCUAGCGGGAACAGUCUCCAGAAGGGACCAGGCCUGCCAUCACCUGGGUUUUAGGCCUAUAAGAUGGAAUUUAGGCAUCUGAACCUCAAAACUAAGAGAAGAAAAACAAGCAGUGUUAUUUUAAGUCAAUAGGUUUGUGGCGAUUUGUUACAGCAGCAAUGGGAAACUCAUACAACCAGUAUUGAGCUUGCCUUGAGGGUGAAUGCUCUUCUCCCCUUUCUCUUCAGUGCAUCUCACUGCCCCUGGCCCCUUGCUCACCUCCCCCUACAACUGAGUGGACCAGGCAUGGACAUAACCAGAUUCUUCUCUUGGUAAAGAUUCAGAUAUCAGAUUUGGAUGCUGCAGGUCCAACUUUUCCAUGAGGCCCAGAGGCCCAGGACCCACCAUUCUCUUACAAGCCCACAAAAGGGACUGUUGGCCCCAGGGUAGGCGUCAGUUCACCAGAUAAGAGGGUAGUUCACUUUCAUGUCACAUCCUUUCGCUUUAGCAUAACCUUGCUCAGUGUGCCCAGGUGCUGCAAGGGAAAGUCGGGCUCCGCUGAGAGGCACUUCCUCCCUGUGGUGCUUUGGGGGUGCUCUCACCAUGGUGGCAUGCAGCCCGUUCCCCCUGAAAUGCCAGCACACGUCUGUGAAAGUUGUUCACAUCGAGAACACAUGGCUGGGGACCCUGAAGAACCUCUUUAUGGUGGGCACCUUGGUCUACAUCUGCUUUGCUUUGGUGAGUGACAAGCGGUACCAACGGAAAGAGUCUGUUAUCAGUUCUGUGCACACCAAGGUGAAAGGGAUAGCAGAGGUGACACAGGAGAUUGUGGAAAAUGGGCUGAAGAAGGUGGUGCCGAGUGUCUUAGACACCGCAGACUACACCUUCCCCUUGCAGGGGAACUCCUUUUUUGUGAUGACAAACUUUCUCAAGACAGAAGGCCAAGAGCAAGGGUUGUGUCCUGAGUAUCCCACCCGCAGGACGCUCUGUUCCUCUAACCAGGGUUGUAAAAAGGGAUGGAUGGACCCGCAGAGCAAAGGAAUCCAGACCGGAAGGUGUGUAGAGUAUAAAGGGAAGCAGAAGACCUGUGAAGUCUCCGCCUGGUGUCCCAUCGAGGCAGUGGAAGAAGCCCCGCAGCCUGCACUCUUGAGAAGUGCUGAAAACUUCACUGUGCUCAUCAAGAAUAAUAUCGACUUCCCUGGCCACAACUACACUACGAGAAACAUCUUACCAGGUUUAAACAUCACUUGCACAUUUCACAAGACUCAGAAUCCACUUUGUCCCAUUUUCCGACUGGGCGAUAUCUUCCGAGAAACAGGAGAUAAUUUUUCAGAUGUGGCAAUUCAGGGAGGAAUCAUGGGCAUCGAGAUCUACUGGGACUGCAACCUGGACAGGUGGUUCCAUCACUGCCGCCCCAAAUACAGUUUCCGUCGCCUUGACGACAAGACCGCUAAGGAGUCCUCGUACCCCGGCUACAACUUCAGAUAUGCCAAGUACUAUAAGGAAAAUAAUGUUGAAAAGAGGACUCUGAUCAAAGUCUUUGGGAUCCGUUUUGACAUUCUGGUUUUUGGCACCGGAGGAAAAUUUGACAUUAUCCAGCUGAUUGUGUACAUCGGCUCAACACUCUCCUACUUUGGUUUGGCCACUGUGUUCAUCGACUUUCUCAUCAACACAUACUCAAAUAAUUGCUGUCGAUCCCAUGUUUAUCCCUGUUGCAAGUGCUGUGAGCCCUGUGCAGUCAAUGAAUACUACUACAGGAAGAAGUGUGAAUCUAUCAUGGAGCCAAAGCCGACAUUAAAGUAUGUGUCCUUUGUGGAUGAACCCCACAUUAGGAUGGUAGACCAGAGGCUACUGGGCAGAAGUCUGCAAGAUGUCAAAGGUGAAGAAGUCCCAAGACCCCCGAUGGACUUCACAGACUUGUCUAGGCUGCCUCUGUCUCUUCAUGACCCACCCUUCAUUCCUGGACAACCAGAGGCUAUUCAGCUGCUUAGUGAAGAGGCAGCUCCUAAAUCCAGUGACUGCCCGGAUUGGUGCCAGUGUGGAAACUGCCUCCCGUCC